GGGCCAUGCCAUUGCCAACACUAAACUCAACUCAUGUGGAACCACCUUUUCCCAAAUAAUAGUGCAUUGAUAAGCAAUUUUGGCGCAUUUGGGCUUUUUCACCAUCAAUCCACAAUCAUCACCUUUACUCUUUUCUCCCUCUUUCUCAUUCCAGAAAUUUGUCGAAGACGGAAGAUUUUCCCGCCAUUUCAAACUUCUUUCACCCAAUCCACUCUUUCUCUCUCCUCAAAUUUAUCAGCAAUUUUGCAGCAAUAACCAUUACCAAAUCACAGUUGACAACAGCAAGCUAAUACAAUUCAACAAUGGAAGCUGAGCAAAGAAGAUCGAAGAGAAAACCCCUUUCUGAUUGCACAAAUACCGUUCAAAAUCGAAGGAAAAUUCCUUCAUCUUCUUCCAAAAUACCCAAAUCGCAAACCCUAAUUAAACCCCCUAAACCCUUUAAUUCUGCUGCUAAUAUUGUCAGUAACAAGCAGGGUAAUACUUGUUCUUCUAUUUGUAGUUCGCCGAAAUCGAAUACUAGUACUGGGUCUAAUAAUUCUCAGAAUAUUUCUUCGAUUCCUCGUUCUCCUGAGCCUCCUGCACCUGCUACUCCUCUUUCGGAUGCUGGUGGCGUAGAUGGUAAGAAAUCUAGGCUUUCAGCUGAUCAGAGUCAAAGACAUGAUGCACCAAGAAAGGAUAAGGGAAAGAUGGUUGCAGAUGCUCUUGCAGUUGAUCAGAGUCAAAGACAUGAUGCACCAAGAAAGGAUAAGGGAAAGAUGGUUGCAGAUGCUUCUAUCAUCCAGUUACCCACAUCUUUGACAUCUAAUUCCUUACAGAUAUCAUCAUCCGCAGCUCCUGGUCAUUGUUCUUGGCCUGAGAAUCAAUCUGUUCAGAAUGAAAACCUACACACACAAACAAUAAAAGAUAAGGGAAAGGCAAUUGUAGAUGCUACCGUUAUUGAAUCAACUUCCCCGUGGACAUCGAAGUAUUUACAUUCAUCAUCACCAUCUUUCACCUCCGAUGAUUCUCUGUCCAAGACGUCUGCAGUUUAUAGUCAGAAAUUCCAUGUACUAACAAGGAAGGAUAAAGGCAAAAUGGUCUUAGAGACUCCUACCUCCGAGGCAUCUGAACCCUCAACUCCACAUGCGCCUCAUGAAUCACAAGCUGCUUCUGGAACUCGCGAGAGACCUCUAACAGUCUAUACUCAUAGAAGAACCCGACAAGGAAGAAAGCUUGCAGCUGGAAAGAUCAAUGAGCCUUUAACUUGUCCUCCUGGCCAGAGGAUAAAGAAGAAAGGUUUGGAACUUGAUUAUGAUCAAGGUGAUAGCAAUUCUGGAUCACAUACAGACCCUCUUCCAAUGCAUAAAAAGAAGCGGUCUCGUCAGAAGUAUGAUGAUUCUAUGCAUGUUUUGCCAAAAGAAGAGGUAGAAAGGCUUAGAGCAAUGUAUGCAGAUAUAGAUGCUUUUGAGUUGCCAGAAGAAGUUGCUUCUGAAAGCGAGCUAGAGUAAAAGGAUGUAAGCAUCAUUUCAGUGUCUUAAAGGAGGCACUCCAGUUCUUGUAUAGCCGCUAAUAUAAUACAAACUGCAUGAAAAAUCAUGACUUAGAAUGUAGAUCAGUGUAAUGUCAUUAGUGUUAAUAUCAAAGCAUGUCGAUGUAUACAUCAAGUCAUCAACCUUAGAAGAAGUUAAAUGCAAGGCAUACAGGCUGUAAAUUGUUACUGAUAACAUCAGUGGAUAGCAAAUCUGAGAGUUAAGGUGCUCAUUAACUGAUGCUCCAGCACUCCCGGCCCUUACUCGAAUUUUGUUGAUAGUAGAAUUAUGCUCCGAUAGUAGUAGAGUAUAUGAUUGUUCAGGGUAACGGUUGUGGCUGGCUGCAACCGUUACUUUUGCUGCAUUAUUAUAAGUUUAAUUUCAAAACAGAGUAAUUUUUAAC